CAAAGAGGGGCGGAGGAAGAGGGCAUAAAGGGACCAAACUGGGACCAAACUGGGACCAAACUGGGACGGAACUGGGAGAGGCGAUGGGGAAAGAGGAGCGGUUGGAGAUGCGGAGCGCCCCUCCCCCACCCCGGAGGAGGGGGGGAAAAAAGGAGGAGAAACUGCAGGAGAUGAAGAAAGAGAUGGAAGUGGAUGAUCACCGGUUGGACGUUGCGGCGCUGGAGCAGCGCUACGGCAGCAGCUGCACCAAGGGCCUGGCGGAGGCGGUGGCGGCCGAACGCCUUCUCCGGGACGGUCCCAACGAGCUCCGUCCUCCCCGCGGGACCCCCGAGUGCGUGAAGUUCGGCCGUCAGCUGGCGGGGGGUCUCCAGUGCCUCAUGUGGGUGGCGGCGGCCAUUUGCCUCAUCGCCUACGGAGUGCAGGAGGGCGAAGGAGACCGCGGGAGCUCCGACAACCUCUAUCUCGCCAUCGCCCUCAUCGCCGUGGUGGUGGUCACCGGGUGCUUCGGGUAUUAUCAGGAGUUCAAGAGCACCAACAUCAUCGCCAGCUUCAAGAACCUCGUCCCGCAGCAAGCCACCGUCAUCCGCGAAGGGCAGAAGCUCCAAAUCAACGCCAACGAAUUGGUGGUGGGAGAUGUGGUGGAGAUCAAAGGGGGAGACCGAGUCCCGGCGGACAUCCGCAUCCUCUCCGCUCAGGGCUGUAAGGUGGACAAUUCCUCCUUAACGGGAGAGUCGGAACCCCAAACGCGGUCCCCGGAGUGCACCCAUGAGUCCCCCCUGGAAACGCGGAACAUCGCCUUCUUCUCCACGAUGUGCCUCGAAGGGACGGCCGUGGGUUUGGUGAUCAACACGGGCGACCGCACCAUCAUCGGCCGCAUCGCCAGUUUGGCCUCGGGGGUGGAGAACGAGAAGACGCCCAUCGCCAUCGAGAUCGAGCACUUCGUGGACAUCAUCGCCGGCCUCGCCAUCUUCUUCGGCGCCACCUUCUUCGUGGUGGCCAUGGUCAUCGGGUACCCUUUCCUCCGCGCCAUGGUCUUCUUCAUGGCCAUCGUCGUCGCCUACGUCCCCGAAGGCCUCUUGGCCACCGUCACGGUGUGCCUCUCGCUGACGGCGAAGCGCUUGGCGAGGAAGAACUGUGUGGUGAAGAACUUGGAGGCGGUGGAGACGUUGGGGUCCACCUCGGUCAUCUGCUCGGACAAAACGGGGACCCUCACCCAGAACCGCAUGACCGUCGCCCACCUCUGGUUCGACAACGAGGUCCACACGGCCGACACCACCGAGGACCAAUCCGGUCAGAGCUUCGAUCAAUCGUCGGAGACGUGGACCACCUUGAGCCGCGUCAUCACCCUCUGCAACCGCGCUCAGUUCAAAGCCGGGCAGGACAACCUCCCCGUGGCCAAAAGAGAGGUCAUCGGCGACGCCUCGGAGACGGCGCUGCUGAAGUUCGCGGAGGUGACGGUGGGAGCGGUGAGCGAAGCGCGAGGACGGUGUCCAAAGGUCUCCGAACUGCCCUUCAACUCCACCAAUAAGUUCCAGUUAUCGGUCCACGAAGUUGGAGAACGUCAACUGUUGGUGUUGAAAGGAGCUCCGGAGAAGGUCCUGGAGCGAUGUUCUACGGUGCUCCUCAAGGGUCAGGAGAUCCCCUUGGACGCGCAGUGGAGAGAGGCCUUCGAGGGGGCCUACGCCGACCUCGGUGGCAGAGGAGAAAGGGUCCUCGGGUUCUGCGCUCGGUGGCUGCCGGGGGGGACGGUGGCGGUGGGGACGGAGCCGGAGGUCCUCCCGGAGGUGGCGGUGGGACUUUGCUUCGCCGGAUUGGUGUCCAUGAUCGACCCCCCGAGAGCCACCGUCCCUCAGGCGGUCCUCAAGUGUCGCACGGCCGGGAUCCGGGUGAUCAUGGUGACCGGAGACCACCCCAUCACGGCCAAAGCCAUCGCGGCGGCGGUGGGGAUCAUCUCGGAAGGAAGCGAAACCCCCGAAGAGGUCUCCACGCGGCUCCGAAUCCCCAUCGAACAGGUGGAGCCCAGACAAGCUCGUGCCCGCGUGGUGACGGGGGCGGAGUUGGCGGCCAUGACACCGGAAGCCCUGGAAGGUCUUCUCCGCGCCCACCCGGAGAUGGUCUUCGCGCGGACGUCCCCUCAGCAGAAAUUGGUCAUCGUGGAGAGCUGCCAACGCCUGGGCUCCAUCGUGGCGGUGACGGGGGAUGGGGUCAAUGACUCUCCGGCGCUGAAGAAGGCGGACAUCGGGGUGGCCAUGGGCAUCGCCGGCUCCGACGCCGCCAAGAACGCCGCCGAUAUGAUCCUCCUCGACGACAACUUCGCCUCCAUCGUCACCGGCGUCGAGCAGGGCCGCCUGAUCUUCGACAACCUGAAGAAGUCCAUCGCGUAUACGCUGACCAAGAACAUCCCCGAGCUGACGCCAUAUUUGAUCUACAUCACCGCCAGCGUCCCUCUGCCCCUCGGCUGCAUCACCAUCCUCUUCAUCGAGCUCUGCACCGACAUCUUCCCGUCGGUGUCGCUGGCGUACGAGCGGGCGGAGAGUGACAUAAUGCACCUGAAGCCGCGGAACCCUCGUCGCGACCGAUUGGUCAACGAACCCCUGGCCGCGUACUCCUACUUCCAAAUCGGGGCCAUGCAGUCCUUUGCCGGCUUCACGGAUUACUUUGUGGCGAUGGCGCAGGAGGGGUGGUGGCCUCUGCUCUGCGUGGGCCUUCGCCCCCGCUGGGAGGACCCUCACCUGCAGGAGCUCCAGGACAGCUACGGACAGCAGUGGACGUUCGAGCAGCGGCGCUACCAGCAGUACACGUGCUACACCGUCUUCUUCAUCAGCAUCGAAAUGUGCCAAAUCGCCGACGUCCUCAUCCGCAAAACCCGGCGCCUCUCCCUCCUCCAGCAGGGCCUCCUCCGGAACCACAUCCUGGUGGUGGCCAUCGUGUUCCAGGUGUCCAUCGGCUGCUUCCUCUGUUACUGCCCCGGAAUGCCCAACGUCUUCAACUUCAUGCCCAUACGGUUCCAGUGGUGGUUUGUGCCGAUGCCCUUCGGACUCCUCAUCCUCAUUUACGAUGAGAUCCGCAAACUCGGGGUUCGGAGACACCCGGGAAGUUGGUGGGACCGAGAGCUCUAUUAUUGACCCCCAAAACUGGGAACCCCCAAACUGGGAACCCCCAAAACCUCCUUUUCCCCCACCCUGAACCCCAUUUUUCCCCCUUUAAACCCCAUUUUUCC